AUGGGAAUCAUCUUCACCAUAAACUCAACAGGCUGUCAUCUGCGCUGCAACCUCAUGCAGCAUGACCUUUCUGUCUAUUUGUCUCUCUUCUUCCCACCCUGUCUCUUCUACUUUCUUGAUCUAUCUCCUUCAUCUCCAUCUGUCUCUCCUUUUUUACAGAGCUGGUUAAAGUCUUACGGCUAUCUGCUUCCCUAUGAUGCCCGGGUACCCACGAUGCCCUCAGGGAAGGUCUUGCAGUCAGCGGUCACCACUAUGCAGCAGUUUUAUGGGAUUCCUGUCACAGGAGUGUUGGAUCAGACAACAAUCGAGUGGAUGAAGAAGCCUCGCUGCGGUGUCCCUGAUCACCCCCACCUGAGCCGCCGGCGCAGGAAUAAGCGCUAUGCGCUGACGGGGCAGAAGUGGAGGCAAAAACACAUCACGUACAGCAUUCACAACUACACUCCCAAAGUAGGCGAGCUGGACACACGGAAAGCUAUCCGCCAGGCCUUUGAUGUGUGGCAGAAGGUCACCCCACUGACGUUUGAGGAGGUUCCCUACCAUGAGAUUAAAAGUGACCGCAAGGAAGCAGACAUCAUGAUUUUCUUUGCCUCUGGUUUCCACGGCGACAGCUCCCCCUUUGAUGGUGAAGGGGGUUUCCUAGCCCAUGCCUACUUCCCUGGCCCUGGGAUUGGUGGAGACACUCACUUUGACUCUGAUGAGCCAUGGACACUGGGGAACGCCAACCAUGAUGGGAAUGAUCUCUUCCUGGUGGCUGUGCAUGAGCUGGGCCAUGCAUUGGGACUGGAGCAUUCUAAUGACCCCAGUGCCAUCAUGGCCCCCUUCUACCAGUAUAUGGAGACACACAGCUUCAAGCUGCCCCAAGAUGACCUGCAAGGAAUCCAGAAGAUCUACGGACCUCCUGCUGAACCCCUGGAGCCCACCCGACCCCUCCCCACACUCCCUGCCCGCAGGAUCCACUCCCCAGAGAGGAAGCAUGAGCGACAGCCCAGGCCCCCAAGGCCACCGCUGGGAGACCGGCCAUCCACCCCGGGUACAAAGCCCAACAUCUGUGAUGGCAACUUCAACACAGUGGCUCUCUUCCGAGGCGAGAUGUUUGUGUUCAAGGACCGCUGGUUUUGGCGUCUGCGGAACAAUCGGGUUCAAGAGGGCUAUCCCAUGCAGAUCGAGCAGUUCUGGAAGGGAUUACCAGCUCGCAUUGAUGCUGCCUAUGAGAGGUCUGAUGGGCGAUUUGUCUUCUUCAAAGGUGACAAAUACUGGGUCUUCAAGGAAGUGACCGUGGAGCCUGGAUACCCUCACAGCCUGGGGGAGCUGGGAACCUGCCUGCCCCGGGAGGGUAUAGACACAGCCCUGCGCUGGGAGCCAGUGGGCAAGACCUACUUCUUCAAAGGGGAAUGGUACUGGCGCUACAAUGAGGAGAGACGGGCGACUGAUCCUGGAUACCCCAAACCUAUCACUGUGUGGAAGGGCAUCCCCCAAUCCCCCCAGGGGGCCUUCAUCAGCAAAGAAGGCUAUUACACCUAUUUCUACAAGGGCCGGGACUACUGGAAGUUUGAUAACCAGAAGCUGAGUGUGGAACCCGGUUACCCCCGAUCCAUCCUAAGAGACUGGAUGGGCUGUAACCAGAAGGAGGUGGAGAGGAGGAAGGAGCGGCGACGGCCCCAGGAUGACGUGGACAUCAUGGUCACCAUCGAUGAUGUGCCUGGUACAGUGAAUGCCGUGGCCGUCAUCAUCCCCUGUACCUUAUCCCUUUGCAUCCUUGUCCUUGUCUACACCAUCUUCCAAUUUAAGAACAAGGGGGCACAGCAGCAGGUUACCUACUACAAACGGCCUGUCCAGGAGUGGGUAUGA